AUGGGCCAAGCAGCUCGUGCAUCAUCACCAGCUGCACAGCCAGCGGAUCUGGCGUUGCGCACGGUCCAUGUCGACGACUCGGAUGAGAACAUCUCACCCAGCUGGUCACGCCGGAUCGUGCUCGUUCAAGCCGAGGAGACCGAAGAGGGCGAGUGGGAGGAGGGUGAAAUGGUCAGUAAGGUCUCAGUUGUACUUCUGUAAAAGAUCUCGCCGUAGCUGAUGGUUGUUGUACAGGCAUCGCAACCGUCGCUGUCGCCCGUCGGUGCACGGCCGAUCGAACUACCCAAUCGGGACGGCCCUCGAGUGUUGUCGUCGGAUCGUGGCAACAUGCCAUCACAAGGUGGAGCUACCCACCAGCACAAGUCUCGACCCAAUUCACCUGUGAAGAUACUGCCACCAGGCCCAACCCAAACUGAGGCUCGCUCAUCGCCUCCAAGGCCUCAAUCUGGACCUUCGAGCUCCGCGGCGCCGGCAGCGAUCUCGCCGCCUAUCAGCCCGAUUACCGUGACUUUCCCGACCCCGCAACCCCGCUCAUUCCAACCCAUCGCUCGGCGCGUGCCCCUGAACUUUCUCGAGCGGUCUCCGUCUCCCGGCGCGCCCUCACUUUCUCCAUCACAACCACCUCAAAUGGUGCCUCAUUCUCCUCCAAUUUUUAA